ACAAAAUAUUGAUCCAUCCAGGAUGAAUCUCUAUCUGCUACCCCAGUUCCUUUCGUCUAUUACAGUAUUAUCGUUUUGUUUCCUGAUUGGCAUGCAAUUCGGAUUUUUGACCAUUUUGAUUCCUUACUUUUCUAAAAAUAACAACACGCAAGUUGAGGAAUCGUUCACUAUGUCUGACAAUGAAUUAUCGUGGUUGUUAAGCGGCUUUACACUUGUAAAGCCGAUCAGCAGCGUUCUUGCAGGAUUAGUUAUGGACCACUUCGGGAGAUUGAACACACUGAGACUUGGAAUAUUGCCAUGGUCUAUUGGAUGGAUAUUAAUCGCAAAUGCGUCAAACUUCCCAAUGCUGAUGACAGGAUUCCUAACUGCCUUCGUUCCAUGCUCGUGGUUUGUGAUCACUUCGCUCGCGUAUGUUAGCGAAAUUAGUUCUCCUAAUAUGAGAGGUGUACUGCUUAAUUUUAAAUCGAUCUUCUGGGGAUUAGGAAGCAUAGUGCCUUUUCUACUUGGCGCUUUUCUACAUUGGCGAAUGUUGGCUUGGGUUAACUGCAUAUUAUUCCUUAUUCCUGGAAUUGCCACCCUUUUCCUUAAGGAAAGUAUGAUGUGGCUAGUAACUAAGGGACGCAUUGAUGACGCAAAAGAGUCGCUGAUAUACUUUAACCGAUAUCGAAAAACGGAUGAAAACUUAGAAAGUGAUAUUGAACGCAAGCUACUCUCGAUCCAAGCACUCCACGAACGAUAUCAUUCAGCUAACCAAAGUAUACUUAAAAAAAUGAGGUUCUUCCUUCAACCCUCCGGCUAUAAGAGAAUACUCAUGAUUGCGGGUUUGCAGUGUUUUAAUGAAGCUACAGGAUCAAACGUACUGCUUAAUAAUAUCAUUGUUUUCUUUACCGAAUUCGGAACGACAGUAAAUCCAUACGCAAUUGGAAUUUACAUAGGAAUAACUAAGUUAGCUACGUCGUUAUUCACUGGCUGGUUACUGAAAACUUGUAAAUUUAAAUCGAUCUUGAUCGCAAACUAUUUAACUAUCUGUGGGUGUAUACUAGCUUUUGGACUAUACCUUGACUACAACACUAAAGGUACCACCAUUUACCAAUGGAUUCCAUUGUGCACAAUGGUAUUGUACACUUUUUCACUAUCAUCGGGUGUAUAUUCUGUACCAGUUGUCAUUACGCCAUUAAUUUUCCCUACGCACCUACGUGGAACUGGUCAGUCGGUCGCGACGCUUUUCCAAAGUCUUAUGGAGUUUUCGGCAACACAAACUUAUUAUCUCGUAAAAAAAUUAGUUCAACAUUCUCAUAUCCUGUACGUCAUGGCACUUUCUUCGGUAAUAGGAUGCGCGUACAUUUACAAAUGUGUUGUGGAGACACAUAAAAAGUCGUUUUCUGAAAUUGAAGAUUAUUUUAGCAAAAAAGUUAAUUGCAGCAAGAACAAUUCGCCAUCUGGAGAGGAAUUAAAGUCGUUCAAUGAAAAAUAAACCAAUACGUAUCAUGUUGUAACUUAAUUACCUGCACUUUAUCUCCACUUAUAAUCUGAAAAUUAAAAUCUGAUGCUGUAGCUUGAUCACUCCCAAAAAAAUGCUCUGGACUUGUUUGAAUAUAUUAUUGAAAAUAAUCUCGUUCCAACUCAAGUUCACAUUUUUUUGUGAUUUAAAAUGUAACUAAGCACCUAGUUUCCGUCUUGAAGUGACCAGUUUUAGUGAUCACUCGGUAGAUGAACACCCGGUACAUACAAGCGCUUCGUUACGAAAAGUGUCGUGCGGUUUGUGUUGGUUCAAAUAAGUUGUGCCCGUAUACAGAAGCUGUAAUUAAUUCUAGGUUUGCAACCGUUUCCGUCAAGAUAUUUGCAGUGUUCCAAAAGCUCUUGUGAUUUAGAAGACGAGGCGAAUUAAUAUUUUAAAAUUUCAGCACGUCAAGUAAUUAUUUUGAUUCCGUUCAGUUUAGGUGUUUAUUAGCUUGAUAUCGCCGACCCCUUCACAUUCCAAUUAACCAAAGGUGUUAGUUGGAUUAGCAAAUUUUGGAAUCUAAUGUCGACAAAUUAAGGAAUAAUUAGCGGUAAGUGAUAUAAUGAGAUGCAGUUAACAGCAUCCGAUUAAGUCGUGAGGGGUCUCUAAAGAAGCGCUCUUAAUUAAUUUAAAUGUUAAGAUCAACUUGUAGGACCUCCGCAGGCUGCACAAUUGAUUAAAGAAGUUUUUAUUUUGGAUGUAGACCGAAUACGUUGUGUCGACUGGAAAAUCAGUUGAUCCCUCUGUGAAAUAGCCGAAUUAUAUAAAAGUUUAAGCGUUGUUUAAAGGGGAUUUUUUGCCUUUUUGCAUCUUCGCAUGUUACGUUCCGUAAGUACCGUUAUUAGGAUUCAUACCGUUUAAUUUUUGCUUUUAGAUUAAGUUUACCGCAACGUAUCUACAGCUUUUGGCUUUUUCUUGCACAGUAACUUCUAUCGCUACGUUUUAUUGCAAAGUAAACUGUUUGCUCGGCGGUUCCAUUAAAUAUUGGAGGGGAGGGGAUAUUGUUUAUCUUUCCUGCAUUUACUUUACCGUACACACCGCUAAUUAAUUCAUUCAUUUCUACUAGUUUUAGUUUUCCGAAGUGUUUCCGCCAUUUGCUGGACUCGUUCGAUUUCUACAAUUGCCGUUUACUCCGCAAACUGCUGCUACCGCCGACCUUGACCAUGGACAAGGUCGUAACCCUUGCCCGCGUCCUUCCAUCCGUCUGCACGCCCGUCCGUUCCGCCGACAGCACACUACGUUGCCACCGACUGCCACUGCUUUCGUCCGCUCACAAACUUUGCUUACUAUAAUUUAUAAAUUUCUUUAUUUUUCUUGUAAAUUAAAUUAUAGUCACUA